AUGGGUUACUAUAUCGCUUUUUCUAAACCAUUUCAGUUAAAACCUAGGGUUUGUCAAGUCUCACUCACACCGUCCCUCCAUUUCUGCACUUCAACUCCAACUGAGGAUCCUAUCUCCCCGAACCCAGAACCAACCGCAUCUCCAAACCCGAAACCCGACCCUGAACCCCAAACCCCAAAUGUUGCAAAAGAGAAACAAUACCAGCGAAUCCCAAGAGGUAAGCAGCAGCAUCGAAGCCCUGAAAAACUAGAGGAUAUAAUUUGUAGAAUGAUGGCUAAUCGGGACUGGACGACCCGAUUGCAGAAUUCGAUUCGGGCUCUUGUGCCAGAAUUUGAUCAUUCUUUAGUUUAUAAUGUUUUGCACGGAGCUCGAAAGCCCGAUCACGCGCUCCAAUUCUUCAGGUGGGUUGAACGGGCGGGUUUAAUUCAACACGACCGCGAAACCCACAUGAAGAUUAUUCAGAUACUGGGUAGGUAUUCUAUGCUUAAUCACGCCCGCUGCAUUGUAUUAGAAGAUAUGCCUAAAAAGGGUUUUGAAUUAGAUGAGGAUAUGUUUGUUUUGUUAAUUGAUAGUUAUGGUAAUGCUGGGAUAGUUCAAGAGUCUGUUAAGAUAUUUUCGAAAAUGAAAGAAUUGGGUGUGGAGAGGAGUGUUAAGAGUUAUGAUGUUUUGUUUAAGGUUAUUAUGAGGAAAGGGAGGUAUAUGAUGGCCAAAAGGUUUUUUAAUAAGAUGUUAGAUGAAGGGAUUGAGCCGACUAGGCAUACUUAUAAUUUGUUGAUUUGGGGAUUCUUUCUGUCAUUGAGGUUGCGAACUGCAGUCAGGUUUUAUGAAGAUAUGAAGGUUAGAGGGAUAUCUCCAGAUGCCGUUACUUAUAAUACAAUGAUUAAUGGGUAUUAUAGGUUUAAGAGGAUGGAGGAGGCUGAAAAGUUGUUUCUGGAGAUGAAGGCAAACGAUAUUGCACCUACGGUGAUAAGUUAUACAACUAUGAUUAAAGGGUAUGUUGCAGUGGAUAGAAUUGAUGAUGGGUUGAGGUUGCUUGAGGAGAUGAAGUCACUUGGUAUUAAGCCUAAUAAUGUGACUUAUACGACUUUGUUGCCAGGGCUUUGUGAUGCUGGGAAAAUGACUGAAGCUAAGGAUAUCGUGAAGGAAAUGGUGAAGAGGCGCAUUGCACCCAAGGAUCAUUCAAUCUUCCUGAAGUUGUUGAACACUCAGUGUAAGGCUGGGGAUUUGAAAGCAGCUGUAGAUGUGCUUGAUGCAAUGAUUAAGUUGAGCAUUCCUACAGAGGCUGGACAUUAUGGUGUCUUGAUAGAGAAUUUCUGCAAGGCUGAGGAGUACAAUCGGGCAGUGAAUUUUGUGGAUAAGCUUAUUGAGAAGGAUAUUAUUUUAAGGCCACAGAGUACUUUGGAAAUGGAAUCCGGUGCUUAUAACCCAGUGAUUCAGUAUUUGUGCAGCCAUGGGCAGACUGGAAAAGCAGAAGUCUUCUUCCGGCAGCUGUUGAAAAAGGGUGCUGAGGAUCCUCUCGCCUUUAAUAAUUUGAUCUGUGGGCAUGCAAAAGAAGGAACCCCUGAUUCUGCUUUUGAAAUUUUAAAGAUCAUGGGUAGGAAAGGAAUCCCUCGAGAUGCUGAGGCUUACAAGUUGCUGAUCAAGAGCUACUUGAGGAAAGGUGAGCCAGCCGAUGCUAAAACAGCUUUGGAUAGUAUGAUUGAAGAUGGGCACCUUCCAGAUUCAUCUGUAUUCAGGUCAGUGAUGGAGAGUUUGUAUGAAGAUGGUAGGGUUCAAACUGCAAGUCGUGUGAUGAAAAGUAUGGUGGAGAAGGGGAUUACAGAGAACUUGGACUUGGUUGCAAAGAUUUUGGAAGCUCUUCUCAUGAGAGGUCAUGAAGAGGAAGCCCUUGGACGCAUUGAUCUCCUCAUGAGUAGUGAGUGUAGUGUCAAUUUUGAUAGUCUUCUAUCCAUUCUUUCUGAGAAAGGCAAGACCAUUGCUGCUCUUAAGUUGUUAGAUUUCGGAUUGCAGAGGGACUAUAGCAUAGACUUUAAAAGCUAUGAUAAAGUGCUGGAUGCUCUCUUAGCGGCAGGGAAGACUCUCAAUGCAUAUUCAAUUUUGUGUAAAAUCAUGGAGAAAGGAGGAGUCACUAGUUGGAGCAACUAUGAGGAUUUGAUUAAGAGUCUUAACCAGGAGGGAAACACAAAGCAGGCUGAUAUACUCUCAAGGAUGAUAAAGGGAGAUGGUAAAUCACAUGAAAAGAAGAAAGGGAAGAAGAAAGCUUCUGUUGCUGCUUGA